AAAGCUAUUAGAGAUCCAGACGCUUUUCUCCCUUGAGAAACAACCUGAGACACCACGACAGAGUCUUCUGCUUCUUCCUCAGCUACCCCCAGAAAACUGUGGGAGAAGCAUCAGGUCAUGCACCCCAGUGCUCCUCUAAAUGGGAUGCAUGAUAGAAAAAAGAAAAUGGCAGCCUGGCCCUUACCUAGGCUGUGGAAAGUCUCUGAUCCAACUCUGUUCCAAAUGACCUUGGUCGCUGCUCUAUUUGCUACUGUUCUUGGUGGUUGUGGUCCUCCACCGAAUUUAUUCUUUGCUUCCCCAAUAAAUGUGUUGAACCAGACUUCCUUCAACUCUGGGACUAUCCUGAAAUACACCUGCCGUCCUGGCUACACUAGGGAUCCUUACAAAAGUCAGGAUGUUACCUGCCGAUACAAGUCAUGGAACUACGAUGAGUUCUGUGUCAAGAAAAGAUGCAAACAUCCUGGAGAAUUACAAAACGGGCAAGUGAUAGUUAAGACAGAUAUCUUGUUUGGAUCACGCAUAGAAUUCGUCUGCUCAACAGGAUACGUUUUAGUUGGUUCAGCCACUAGUCAUUGUGAGAUCCAAGAUAGAGGAGUUGAUUGGAGUGAUCCUCUCCCACAAUGUAUAAUCGCCAAGUGCGAUCCUCCUCCAGCCAUCAGUAAUGGGAAGCACAACGGUGGAGAUGAAGAUUUCUAUUCAUAUGGCUCCUCUGUCACCUACAGCUGUGACCCCAACUUCUCGCUCUUGGGCAAAGCCUCCAUUUCUUGCACAGUGAAAAAUAAAAAAACAGGCGUCUGGAGCCCAAGUCCUCCUACUUGUAAAAAAGUCACUUGUCCUAAGCCAGAGAUUCAAAAUGGAAAAAUCAUCUUGGGAUUUGGACCCCACUAUACUUAUAGAGACUCCAUGGUGUUUGACUGCAAUAGAGGUUUUAUUCUCAAAGGAAGCAGUUUAAUCCACUGUGAAGAAGAUAACAACUGGGACCCUCCUCCUCCCACUUGUGAGCUCAAUAGUUGUCUUGGCUUACCAGACAUCCCACAUGCCUCCUGGGAGAUGUAUAACUACCAGAUGCCAACAAAACAGGGAGUUUAUCCUAUUGGAGCUAUGCUGAAAUACAGGUGCCGUGAUGGCUAUAAACCUACUUCAGAUGAGCCUACGAAUGUGAUAUGUCAGGAAAAUUUGACUUGGACCCCGCACAUAGAGUGUAAGGGUGAGUUUCUGCUUUUUAAAUCUUUUUGUAUAUUAAAUGCCCAACCUGGGCUAGUAUUUCUUUUUUUCUUUUCUUUUUUUUUUUUUUUUACCUUAAAUGGAGGCAAUUUUAUCUUUCAAGAGAAAUUGAGAAUUAUAAUAAUUCAACAGAAUAGUGCAGUAUUAUUGUCAGGAGGGAUCAUGCAAGUCUUGGAGGAGCUGAGAAUUAUAACCUUUCCUUAUCCUCGUUUAAAAUCAAAUGGGGGGGGGGCGCCUGGGUGGCUCAGUGGGUUAAGCGUCAGUCCUUCCAGGGAUGAGGACCCGGAACGUUUGUCCACCAAUUCCCCUCUCCCAUUGGUGGAGACUUGUUCCAACAUCUUCGACAGCCAACCCUGUGGGCCCCCUGAGCAGCCUCCUGUGGCCAGCGAGCACCAUCAGCAACAGGUGCUCUUUGGUCUGUCCUGCAGCCUGUAUCUGACUGGGUACAUGGGGAAUCUGCUCAACAUCCUGGCCAUCCCCUUGGACCCUCACCUCCACAGCCUCAUGUUCCGCUUCCUUGGCAACUUGUCUCUUCUCAACAUCUGCUUUCCCUCCAUCACCGUCCUCAGGAUGCUGGAUGUAUCUCCAGCUUACACCUGGAGGCCUUCCCUCCAUUCUGCCAACACCUUCUCCUACAGCACUCGCUUCCGGUCCGAAUCUGGCGCUGCAGUGACUAGGACAGUGUUCAAGGAAAGCUCUAUGGAAGCUGUUGACUUACACAGGCCGAUUCCUUUUCCUCGUAACAAAAACAGAACUGACUUUGGUAUUCCUAUGCCUAUGCUUUCUGAACGCCUCAGAGUUGCAGCUUUGCGAACAGCAGAGAAUGGGUUUGAUGAUCAUAGUGACUCAGCUGAUUGCAAAAUGUUCCCAAGCGUUGCCCAUGGAUUCCAUAAAGACGUGAGCUCAUUUUUCUCCUUUACUACUGCGGUGCAGUAUAAAUGCAAUGAAGGUUACGUUCUGGUUGGACAGUCCAAAAUCACCUGCAGAAACUCCCGCUGGUCGGCUUCGGCUCCUGAAUGUAAAGGCCUGUUGGAGAUGACUAAAUAUACCCUAAAAGUGCCCUCCAAGGAUGAUCAAAACUGUGUUUCCAUUCCAGCCCUGUGUCAGAAACCAGAGAUAAAGAAUGGAGACCUGACUGUGCGUAAGGGCCAGUACGUUGAGCCUGAAAAUGUGACCGUCCGGUGUGAUGAUGGCUAUGAUAUGGUUGGUUCCCCAAACCUUACCUGCUCCGGGAACGGAAUGUGGUUGCCAGCAGUGCCCAAGUGUCAGUGGGUAGAGCAGAUGGGCUGUGAGCAAGUGCUAAAGGGCAAAAAGCUCCUGGAAUGCCUCCCCUCCCCGGAGGACGUGAAAAUGGCCCUGGAGGUGUAUAAGCUGUCGAUGGAGAUUGAGCACCUGGACAAGAGUUCGGCUUGAGGGGAAUGCCGUUGA